AUGACAAAAAUUGAUGUUAGUACUAUUCUUUAUACAUUGUCCAAGUAUGAUUUGUCAGCAGCGUUUCCCAAUUUGUAUAUAGCAUACAAAGUCUUAGGGACUAUACCAGUUACAUCUGCAUCUGUGGAAAGAUCAUUUUCUAAAGUUAAACUUAUUAAGACACGUCUACGUUCUACAAUGGGCCAGGAACGUUUGGAAAGUUUAAUGUUUUUGAGCUGUGAAAGGGACAUCAAAAUUGAUUAUGAAGAGACAAUAACACUCUUGGGAAGAUCAUCUGAUGUGUUAAAAAACGCAUUAUUAUUUAAAUGA